AUGAGGUACCGAGCAAUCACAAGUGCAUACUACCGAGGAGCUGUUGGAGCUCUACUAGUGUACGACAUCACCCGACAUGUUACGUUCGAAAAUGUGGAGAGAUGGUUAAAGGAGCUUCGUGGUCACACAGACUCCAACAUUGUCAUCAUGCUGGUCGGGAACAAGGCAGACCUACGUCACUUGCGUGCUGUGUCUCUUGAAGAUGCCAAGUCCUUUGCAGAGAAGGAGAGAGCAUUUUUUCAUGGGACAUCAGCUUUAGAGUCUCUAAAUGUUGAUAAUGCCUUCACGGAAGUUCUAACACAAAUAUAUCACGUUGUAAGCAAGAAGGCGCUUGAAAUAGGUAACGAUCCAUCUGCUUUGCCCAAGGGACAAACGAUUAACAUUGGAACCAAGGAUGACGUAUCGGCAGUCAAGAAAGGAGGAUGUUGCUCUAAAUGA